GAGAACGCCACCUACAAUACAUUUUCCAAAAUGUCGUAUGACGGUCACCUUUCAAAGAGACAGAGAACAGACGAUGGAAUGCUCGGAAUGCCUGGUUCAAUGAUGGACGGGAAUUAAAAUUAGACCACAUAAAAUGGAUGAUAAAGAGGAACUGGAGCCAAAGGAAAAAUUUGAUGAUCCCCACAAACCUGCACCAUCAUGUGUGGUGCAUGUGCGAGGCCUGUCAGAGUCUGCCAUAGAAGCAGACCUGGUAGAAGCCGUCCAGCACUUUGGAACUGUCAGAGAUGUGAUCAUGAUGCCCAGAAAGCGACAAGCACUCAUCGAGUUUGAGAAACUCACUGGUGCACGGAACUGUGUUGAUUAUGCUCAGACUAGUGCUAUUUAUGUGGCAGCUCAGCCUGCAUUCUUCAACUUCUCCACAAGUCAAAAGAUCCAGAGGCCUGGAGACCCUGAGGAUACCAGACCUGCCAAUCAUGUGCUGCUGUUCACCAUCCUGAACCCUCAGUACCCCAUCACAGUGGAUGUGAUGCACACAAUCUGCAGUCCCUAUGGACAGGUUCUCAGAAUUGUCAUCUUCAAGAAGAAUGGUGUUCAGGCUAUGGUUGAAUUUGAUAGUGUUGAGUCUGCUAAGCGUGGCAAACAGUCGUUGAAUGGGGCGGAUAUCUACUCUGGCUGCUGCACCCUCAAGAUAGAGUAUGCCAAGCCAACCCGUCUGAAUGUUGUGAGGAAUGACAACGAGAGUCGAGAUUAUACCAACCCCAACCUAGGUGCGGAUCAGGGCGGUCACCGUGGCCAGCCUCUAUUGGCAGACCCCAGGAUGGGGGGAGGUCCUACUCCAUACAAUGGAAUGGUAGAAGAGGGCCCCGGUAUGCAUGAUGGCCCCGACUUCAACCGAGGGGGCAGUGGGCAUACUGCCCAUGGUGGGGGUGGCGGUGGCUAUGGUGGGGGCUAUGGGGCUGGACCGUCAGGCUAUUAUGAACAGGAGUAUGAUGGUGGCUAUGGCCCAGGGCCAUCUCCCAGAGGUGGUCCAUACAAUGCCCCUCCCGACAGAUACGGUCACAGACAGGAUCGGUACGGCCCCCCUCAACACUACCCUGACCAGGGCAUGAUGGGCCCCCCAAGCAGCAGCCAGCAAGGAGCUGUAGUCAUGGUGUAUGGUCUCAACAUGGCCAAGCUCAACUGUGAAAGACUUUUCAAUCUCUUCUGUCUCUAUGGUAAUGUUGUCAGGGUAAAGUUCCUGAAGAGCAAGGAAGGUUCUGCAAUGGUUCAGCUUGGUGAUGGCAUGUCUGUUGAGCGAGCCAUCCUCAACCUUCACAACACAUUCUUCUUUGACAACAAGAUGCAGCUCAGCCCUUCAAAACAAGCAUUCCUUCAGGAUGUGAUGAACCCCCAUGAGCUGCCUGACGGAACCCCCUCCUACAUGGACUUCAUGGGCAACAGGAACAACCGCUUCACUAACCCGGAGGCAGCCAAGAAGAACAGAGUCCAAGGACCAGCCAAAGUGUUGCAUUUCUUCAAUACCCCACCUGGCAUCACUGCAGAGGAUAUUGAAAAGAUAUUUGAGAAAGCUGAAGUAAAGAAACCAAUACAAGUCAAAUUGUUUCCUUCCAAGACAGAGAGAAGUUCAUCAGGCCUUGCAGAGUUUGAUAACAAGGGCGAUGCUGUGGAAGCACUCGUGAUGUGCAAUCAUACUCCUGUUGAAAACCCAGGAUCAGUCGCCGGCAAGAACCCAUUCAUCAUGAAGCUGUGUUUCUCCUCCGCCCCCAUCAUAGGUUGAUAGAAGUUAUCAGACAGGAACAAGCAUCUAGCUUUAAUCUCUGUAAUCAGUAUAGUGUUUAUCAUUGUCAACAAUUGUCUGGUAUUCACCACAUUGAGUCAAAAGAGUAGAUCAUCACUUAGCCCUAUGGUGAUGGCAUGUUGGUCUGUUUUAAGGUGUAUAUUUGUCAAUGUGAUUUAGUGGUGACAUUGAUAAAUCAGUCUGUAUUGUCAGCCGUCCGGCACAGGAUGUGUAUUGCAGUUUCUUUUAAAUUUUUCUACAGUUACUUUUAAGUAUGUAUUUUAGUUUUCUCUGUAAAUGUUUGCAACUAAGUCUUGCCAAGUUGAGACAUCCCGAACAAUUCUUUGUAAGUUUUAUGUUUCCUGUCACAUCAUGUCACAAUAAAUUCUGGUGUAACAUA